UUAACAUACUCUUCUAACGCAAAACGCCGAAGGAUCCUUAUUGCUCUUCUGGUUGAAGUUAUCUUCUUUGCUGUUGUGGUUUUCAUCACCCUGCACUUUUUCCAUACCACUAAAGGCCGGUCUAUGAUAAUUGGCAUCUUGUGCAUUGUCUGCAACAUCAUUAUGUAUGCCUCACCCUUGACAAUCGUGAAAAUGGUCAUCAAGACAAAAAGUGUGAAAUAUAUGCCGUUUACCCUCUCUCUUGCUAACUUAUGCAAUGGAAUUGUCUGGCUCAUCUAUGCACUCAUCAAAUUUGAUCCCUACAUUUUGGUUCCCAAUGGUUUGGGAUCAAUUUCUGGGUUGGUGCAGCUCAUCCUAUAUGCCACCUACUACAAGACCACCAACUGGGAUGAGGAGGAUGAAAAGCCGAAAUCUGAGGUUCAACUCUCAAAUGUUUAG